GACGAUUAUUACGUUGGAGGAGUUUUCGAUCGAAUACAUAUAUAUAUCUGCUCUGGGAAUGUCUUGCGACGGAGACGUUACUCUCUGCCUCGAAGACGGAAUGCAUCUCUUGCCUUCCGAUGUCCUGAAGGAGGCUUUUCUCUGCUGCAUCUACCCCAAGGAGGAUGAUCGUGAUCCAAGGACGGUCCACGCGCCGUACAAAUAUCGUCCUGACGUGAAGCCCGCGGAGCACGGAGGGCGGCCGUUUUUGUCGGAACAGCCCAAGCAAAAGCCACGUGCAGGCACCGGAGUAUUUCUUCCCCAGCGACUAGUUUCCCAGAAGAACAAAAGAACCGGGGCAGACAUGAAAAGCAGUUGGAGGAGGGGAAAUGCAGACAAUAGAGUGUGGGAGGAGAAGAGGAAGGUCCAGACGUCGACGGAGAGCCAAUGCGCCGUGACGUCAUGUCCAAGACAAGUAUUUCUCCCAAAGGAGUGGACUUACUAGGACGUGUUUUCGAAACUAUGAACAAGGCACGUACAGUUGUUGUCGGUCCCAUUUUCCACUUCGA